AAAAAAAAAGGAAAACAACCCAAAAAACAGAGAACACUUAAGAAUUAGAAAAGAUGCAGACUAAAGACAGCAAUCCACCAGAUGGUGGCUACGGAUGGGUUGUGGUACUGUCAGCCUUCAUGGUGAUGGGCCUCACUGUUGCUGUCCUCAAGACUUUUGGUCUGUUCUUUGUUGAAAUCCAGCAGCAUUUUGAUGAACUUGCAAGCACCACUUCCUGGAUCACAUCACUAACUAUUGCCGUCUUUCAUCUAGGAGGAUAUUUAACAGCGUGCAGGGAGCUGGUUCAUCCAGGUGGUAAUUGGGAACCCCCUAGUGGCCAUGGCCACUUAAAGAAAUCCUACGGCCUUGACCUCGACUCUUGCCAUGCUGAUGGAAAAACCAGCCAGGCAGUAAAACUAGCCUUAACCCCUGUUGCAAGUUCACUGUGUGUACAAUAUACACAUCGGACAGUUGUGAUCACUGGAGGACUUCUGGCUUUUUCAGGAAUGGCAUUGGGAUUUUUUGGACUCAACAUGGUCUGGAUGUAUGCAACAACUGGCUUCCUACAGGGUCUUGGCAUUUCUUUUUCGUGGACACCAGCCAUUAGCAUUGUUAGCCACUAUUUCUCCAAGAAAAGAGCUUUGGCCAAUGCUAUUGCCAGUGCUGGAGAAUGUGCCUUUGCAUUCAUGUUUGGGCCAUUUUUCCAGUGGUUGAUUAGUCAAUAUGGAUGGAAAGGUGCCCUCUUGAUCAUAGGUGGCAUCCAACUCAAUAUUUGUGUCUGUGGAGUACUGAUGCGACCCCUGGCAGGCAGCUGCUUUCCUGAGGCCAGCCAUUGUGAAACUGAAUCACCACCUGGCAGUGGUGCAUACAGAAGAGACAAAGAAGAUAAGCCUCUCAUCAUGCACAAAACCUUCAACUGGAUGCUUGUGAGGCAACCAGAAUUUGUACUUUAUGCCAUUUUUGGUAUAUUAGCUGCUAUGAGUUUUUUUGUUCCUCCAUUAUUUUUAGUUCCACUUAGUUACAGCCUGGGAAUAGAUGAAUCAUGGACUGCAUCCCUCCUAUCCAUUUUGGCAAUGGUGGACUUUGGAGGCAGAUUGCUGUGUGGCUGGUAUGCCAACCUCCAUGUUACCAAAACCAUUCAUUUGCUGGCAAUGGCGAUUACAUUGAUCAGUACUUCCCUGAUGCUCUUGCCACUGGCUAACAAUUACCUUUCCUUGGCAAUAUUCACUGGCUUCUAUGGAUUCUUCUUUGGUACAACAGUCGCCAUUCACAUUACAGUGCUAGCAGAUGUUGUAGGCAUGCCAGAAUUUGACAGUGCCCUAGGACUUUUCAUGCUUAUUCGAAGCACUGGAGGCUUUGUGGGGCCUCCUCUUGCGGGUCUGAUUGUGGACAUGGCUGGAGAUUACAGAGCAGGCUUCUACAUGGCAGGAGCCAUUCUUGUCCUGUCAGCUGGAUUUUUAAUUAUUUUAGAUCGACUCCAACAGAGAAAAAUAAGAGGAAGCAAGAUUAGACCUAAACCAGAGAAGUCAACAUUACCCUACCCUUCUCUCCAUAUCCUGAAACAUCAAAAGUAUGGAGAGCACAGUGUAGUGGUGUGA